CAUGGGCUCCUUUUACUGCAGUUACCAAGUUAUUUUCUCUUGACAGAGAUGGAUGCCAUUCACUCAUGAGCAAUAGAGAAUAUUAUAGAGAGCAAAGAAUAUUAAGUGGAAACUGGCAAUGAGUUUCAGUAAUCAUAUAUCCUGGGCUUCUAAUUAAUACAGUGGUUAUGUAAUUAAUUAUAUUGGUUAUCUGUUCCAGGUGAAAAUGAAAUGUCUGAAAUUCUUCCUGUUUCUACCCGUUUAAGUUGCCAUAAAAGAACAUGCAUGAAAUUUCAAGCUGGUUACGAUCACAAAACUAUCAGAGAGAAAAAACCUCCCUGUUACGAUAAAACUGAACCCAUUAUUGACGAUGUAGUAUCUCAUAUUUUGAGACUGAGAGAUAGACUAGGGUGGGAGACAUCAUUACCACGACGUGGAUUUGUAGCUAAACCAGCAACUUUAGCUAAUUUUCAGAAGAUCACGUUGCCGAAAGGUGCAUUACAGAAAGAUGAUGGAGAGUUUGUAUAUUGUCUCAUCAGAAGUAGAAAUGACCCUAAAGCAGACUAUGAUCCAUAUGACCUCCAAGUAGUCUCUCCAAGUAUGGCCAAACAAAGUAAAGAAUAUUGGACUGUUACAGCUUCAUAUGUAUCCAAGUUUACUUCAGUGUGUGGAAAAGAAGAAAUGGAAAUAAUACCAGUAAUCGAGUGGUUGUGUGAAAGACAAAUUUAUUAUGCAUUACGAAGUAUUGAUAUAUGUUUUAAUUUCAGAAAGAGGAAAUACUUUAUCACCUGGAAAAGCAAUGUUAAGAGAUCAAAAAUAGAGAACAGCAAAAUGCUGUUGUAUAAACGUUUGUUUCUGGCUGAUGAGAUAUUACAAAAAUGCUUGCUUUAUAUUCAAGCGUUGUGUGAGGACGUGAGUAACACCGAGAAGCACAAAUUGUCAGAAGAUAAAACUAUCAGUUUCAUAAAGAUAGACAUAUCCCACACAUACACUUUGGAUGAAUUUUGUGAGGAACAAUACAAACAAAGUCGACAGGCACUCACGCAGCUACAAGAUUUUAAGGAUAAAGUAAUCACAGUAAUCCGGACCUCUUUCUUAAAGAUAGCUGAAAUGAAGGGAGCAGAAAAGCUUUUUCUGCAUUUGCCAGAUGAUGCCAGAAAAAAACCAAAACACUUUGAGAUAGCUGGAUGGCGGCACAUAAUGGAAGACUUUUCUAGGUUUCUUCAGCUUGUUGACCGAAUGUUUCAAGAACUGCUUCGAAAAUUGGUUCACAAUGCUUUAAACCUCCUUUUGGAGAUACUUGAAGGCUCUAAUAAGAUGACAGUUUCAAAACUGAAGACAAAUGAGGACCUUAUAUGGGCAUAUAAAAAAACAAUUGAGAGAGCAAAUAGCUUAUCGAAUACUGAGAAUAGACAUCAACAGAUGUUUCAAGCCAAUUAUUUUGAGAUAUCGCAGGCAUCAUCGCGCCAUUCAGAAGAGCCUGAGCAACAAGUAGAAAUCAUUACUGUUAGUGAUAUAGGCAAGAUACUGGAAGAUGUGAAAAGGCAACUGAGAGGAGAGGAAGAAUAUGUGCCAAUAUUCAAAAUAAAUAUAGAGCUUAGAAUUCCUUAUGAAAAGGAACUUUGUCGAAAAUACAUCCAGGAGGAGGAGGAUGAUUAUCUCUCAGAAACCUCAUUAUUACCUUUCAAUGAAACAUUGGAAGAUGAAGAUUUGAAACAAUUAUCUCCAAGUGACAGACAAAGCAAACAUGAAGGAUUGGAAAAUUCUGUGCUACUACAGUCAAAUGCAUCCAGCGAUGAAAAAACCAUUUUGAGUAGAACACACUCUUCUAAAUCCAAUGUGGAACCACUGAAAUAUAAAAGCUCUCCAGCAUUCGCUACAGAUUUUUAUCUAGCUCCUAAUAGAAGAGAGUUUUCAAUGCAGUUCCAAGGAAUUGUGGAUGCACUAGAAAACAUUAUUGAUCAAGUUCUGCCAUUUUCUCAAGAUGCCCAGCUGUCGAUCUUCACAACUCAAUCUUUACAUAAAAUAAUGCAACCUUCUAUGGAUCCUGAACCAGGACAGCAUUUAUCAGCAUGGCCAAACUGUGAUCUCAUUCUAGGAACAGAUCCAGAUUAUCGAAGCAAAAUUCUGAACCUUCUGUCUCUUCAAAGUUGUUCACUGGGCCGAGUAGAAUCUUACAGCAGAAACUUUUUAAAUUAUUGCAAUAUGGUUGAUAAAGCAAAAAAUACAACUGACGCUAUAUUUUCACUAAAUAGAGAAAUGUCUACAGCAGAGUUCAGAAACAUUCUGGAAAACUAUACUGUUGAUAUAAAGGAGAUUGUAUGUAUGGUUACUGAAAAGAACAUCUGUAUGUUUAAGGUCCAGAGUUUCAACUUUCAAAAGGAUUGCCUCCCAUUUUUUGAAGCUCUCAUUAGUAUAAUUCUUAGCUGCUUUUAUGAAGUAAUGGAUGCAAAGAAUGUACAUCUUGUAGAAGUCAUCAGGACAGCAGUUGCAAAGCUGAGCAAAGAACUACUGACGGUGGAUGGAUUCAUUGAACAUUUGCUAUAUCUCCAACAAAUUUCUGAAGAACUACCAAAAAUAAAGAUUCAGUAUAACAGUCUUUCUGAGCUCUAUUUCAUUGCAAAAGACUAUGACAUCUUUCUUCCGCUUCAGCAACUUGCUCUCUAUCAGACUGUUGUGCGAACACUCCAGAAUCUUCAGUCAACUAUCCUCAUUUGUGAAAAAAUGAAGGAUGAUUAUGUUAUAAAGUUCAAUGAAGGAUUGGCAGAAUAUAUUGACAAUCUUCAGGCUGAACUGAGGGAAUACAAAAACAAAGUACGAAACCCUGUCCUUCUCCUCAGUGAAACCUUGCCUAAGAUGGCUAAUGAGAUUAUUGAAAGCCUAAUAGAAGAAGCAGCUGAUAUUAGUGAGAAAAUACUGAACUAUGCAAAUUACCAGACUGUUUUUGACAGUUCAGUUAGUGAGAUGAAAUCUGCUUCCUUGGAAAAGAUGUCACAUGGAGCUCAGUCUGGAGAUUGUCAGAGAGCAACUGUUGAGCUCUCUGAAAUUGAAAGUGAUCUAGUAUUGCGUAAAUUGUUGUGGGAUUCAAGGCAGGAAUGGGCUAGGCUUUUCUUUAAGUGGAAACAUACGAUUUUUUGGAACCUUGAUGUGGAUUUAAUUCAAAGAGAUGUUAACAGAUUCAUGCAGAUUGUACAGAUUCUGGAAAAAGGCUUGCCAGAAAAUACUAUUUUACCAGCUAUGAAGAAAUCAUUGUAUGAGUUCAAGGAAUUUUUGCCUAUCAUUAUAGCUUUACGGAAUCCCUGUCUUCAGCCGCGGCACUGGGAAACAAUACAGAAUAUUGUUAAGCAGACAAUUAAUGGGGAUAAAAGACUGACCCUGGAUAAGAUUCUGGAAUUCAAUAUGUUUCAGUAUAGAAAAGAAAUAAAUGAGGUAUCUGUAACAGCGUCCAAUGAAGCAACUCUUGAAGCGAUGCUGAAAAGGAUAAUUGACAUUUGGUUCAAAACUGAAUUUCAUUUAUCUCAAUAUCACACUGAAACGUCAACUACUUUGAUUAUUUCAUCUGCUGAAGAUAUAAUUGCUUUGUUAGAAGAUUCUCAAGUGACACUUUCAACAAUUAAAGGUUCUUGUUUCAUUGGACCAAUUAAGAGUCUUGUGGAUGCUUGGGAUCGUAAACUAAACCUAUUUUCUUGUACUCUGGAGGAAUGGUUGAAUUGUCAAAGGAAUUGGAUUUAUCUUGAGCCAAUCUUUUGUGCUCCAGAAAUAAAAAGACAGCUUCCAGAAGAAUCAAAUCUUUUCUCUCAAGUUGAUAGCAAAUGGAAAGAUCUCAUGAAACGUACAGAAGAUAAUCCAAAUGCUCUUAGGGCAACUACAACAGCAGGAGUUUUUGAAACUCUGCAAGCCAACAAUGCACACUUAGAGAAAAUACAGAAGGCUCUCGAGGACUAUCUUGAAGUUAAACGUAUGGUUUUUCCAAGAUUUUAUUUUCUCAGCAAUGCUGAACUUAUCGAAAUAUUAGCUGACAGCAAAAAUCAUGAUGUUGUGCAGCCUCAUCUUGUGAAAUGUUUUGCAAAUAUAAGGAAGUUAUAUAUACGCCCACAAGAACAGAGACCUCCAGUAGUUUUAAUGAUCGGAUCUGCUGAAGGGGAAAUUCUUCUAGUACCAAAGAAUGUUCGUAUUAGAGGUCCUGCUGAACUGUGGCUAGGAAAUGUUGAAAAUACCAUGUAUGAUAUGGUAAGAAGAUUUAUAACAGUUGGAAUCGCAGAAUGGAAUCAAAUGGAAUUUAAAGAAUGGUUUUUCACUCACCCAGGACAGGUGAUACUACUUGUGAGUCAAAUAAUGUUUUCUCGUGCGUGUGAAAUGAGCUUGUCGAGUUCACAUGCAAAAAUGGAGUUGAAAGAAGGCCGCGAUGAUCUUAUCAGCCUUAUAGAGGAGCUAGCAGCGAUAGCAUCAGAUAUUCUUCCCUACCACAAGCAAAGCACAUUGGAGGCAUUGGUUACUUUGAUCAUUCACUGUAGGGAUGUAAUGACUGUACUGAUAGACAAUGAUAUUUGUAGCGCUGAAGAUUUUGCAUGGACAAGGCAGUUGCGUUAUGAAUGGCAUGAUGUCAACCCCUGUAAGGUUAUCCAAGGUUAUGCCUCUUUUGAAUAUGGUUUUGAAUAUCUGGGCUGCUCUCCGAGAUUGGUUAUUACUCCUCUCACAGAUCGAUGUUGGCUAACUGUUACUGGAGCUCUUCAGUUGAAUUUAGGGGGCUGUCUUUCUGGUCCAGCUGGUACGGGAAAAACAGAGACUGUCAAAGAUCUUUCAAAAGCCUUGGGAAAACUGUGUCUUGUCUUUAACUGUUCUGAAGGUUUGGAUGAUAAGGUUAUGGGGAAAUUAUUAUGUGGAUUAGUUCAGUCUGGAGCAUGGUGUUGUUUUGAUGAAUUCAACAGGAUUGAUGUAGAAGUCCUUUCAGCAAUUGCAUCACAGAUUCAGGCAAUCAAGGCAGCUAAAGAUAGUUGUGCUGUCAGAUUUCUAUUGGAAGGAAAAGAAGUUCGACUGAAACCAUUCUGUGCAAUUUUUAUUACCAUGAAUCCUGGAUACAAAGGUCGUGUAGAACUUCCAGACAACUUAAAAUCAUUAUUUCGCCCCGUCUCAAUGAUGGUACCAGAUUAUCAACUCAUUGCUGAAAUAAUGUUGUGUUCAGAAGGUUUCAGGUCUGCAAAAUCACUCUCAGAGAAGAUAGUAAAUCUUUAUCAUCUUUCUAGCAAGCAGCUUUCACACCAGGAUCAUUAUGAUUUUGGUAUGAGAGCCAUAAAAACUGUGUUAAUAAGGGCUGGUCAGAAGAGGCAAGAGUUAAAAACACAAAAUAGUAAAAAGAAAAAGUUUUCUACAUCAGAAGAAACUCUCAUCAUAACUACUGUCCUGAAAGAAGUUAAUUUACCCAAGUUUCUUGCUGAGGAUGUCCCACUUUUUGAGGACAUCCUGACAGAUCUUUUCCCAGGGAUGAAAGUUCAAAAAGUAAAGCAUAGACGACUGCAGAGUGCAAUAUCUGUUGCAAUACAGCAUUUAUGUUUGCAGACAUGGGAAAAUCAGAUACAGAAAGUUAUACAAUUUUACAACCAAAUUAUGGCUUCUGUUGGUAUAAUGCUAGUAGGCCCUACAGGCGGCGGGAAAACUACCAUCAGAACAAUUUUAGAAAAAGCCCUGGUAAUCUUGCCAUUGGUAGAUACAGAAAGCAGUUCAAAACUUGAGGCUGUGUUUCAGAAUUCUCCAAAGAAAGGCAAGGUAGACACCUUUGUUAUAAACCCAAAGUGUGUUAGUCUUGGUGAACUUUUUGGGCAGACAAAUCCUAAUACAAUGGAGUGGUCAGAUGGUCUGUUAUCAUCAGCAGUUCGAGCAUUUGCCAAACUUUCAACAAAAAAACCUAAAAAGAAAGACAUAAGCACUACAAGAUCAGAAAUGCAGGACUUGUACACUCUGAAUACAGUGAAUCUUGCUGAUGCAUCCCUAAAAAAUGAAGCACUGCAGUCAAGAGAAAAUAUACACUGUGAAAGUAUUAAUGACUGGCAAUGGAUUAUCUUGGAUGGGCCAGUAGACCCAGUUUGGAUAGAAAAUUUAAAUUCUGUGCUAGAUGACUCCAGAGUGUUAUGCCUUCCUAAUAGUGAAAGAAUCUACUUAUCACCAGCAAUCAGAAUGAUAUUUGAAGUGGACAGCCUCUCUCAGGCCAGCCCUGCUACUGUUAGUAGAUGUGCUAUGGUUUACGUGGAUCCAGUUGAUCUGGGAUGGGAACCAUAUGUCAGUACAUGGUUAGAAGGCCUUUCUGAACUAUUGGCACAAAAUGAUAUUGAGUACUUAUCAAGUUUGUUUCACUCAAGUGUAAAAAAAGGGAUGAACUUUCUGAAUGAACGUAAGAAAAUGCAACCAUUCCCUAUACAUCAGAUGGGGAUUGUAAUGAAUAUCUGCAGAAUUCUUGAUUCAUUUCUUCAAAUAAUGAUGCAAAAGGAUACAUUACAACCACCCGAAAGAAGAAUACGAAGCUCAAUUACUUUGCCACCAACAAUGAUGAAAGCAUCUCGUAGGAUAUCAGAUGUAGGCAGCGAAAUAGUCCCAUCUGUGUUGAAGAAAAGGCCAGAGCAGAUAUGGUUUUGGGAGAAGCAACCUAAUAAUAUGAUGAUAAUGUUGGGGAAACUUUAUAUAUUUGCAUUUACCUGGGCUGUUGGAGGAAUUCUAAAACGAGAGGAAGAACAUGAGGGUGAGACUCUAAUUGGUAUAUACACCAGCCACGAUGAUCUUGUGUCUGUAACCCAAGACUUCAAUUACCUCGUUCGUGAGAUAUUUGAAAGACAACCACCAGCUAAUAUUCAGUUUCCAUCUGACAACAAAACUGUUUUUGAUUAUUUUGUGGAUUUACGAACGGGAGAAUUUGAACCAUGGGCAAAUUUAGUUCCUAGCACACAGUUUCUUAUUCAGAAGGAAACUGCAGGUAGGUCAAAUCCUGAUAAAGCAGAAAAAGACGAAGAAAAGAAAUGUGAGCUUUCUACAUUUAUUCCCAACAUUGAUACAAUUCGGCACCAUUUCCUAAUAAGCCUUCUUUUACUGAAUAAACAUCCAGUAUUAAUAAUAGGAGACCCUGGUAGUGGAAAGACUACCAUGAUUGAGAGCAUGCUUCAAAAACUUCAGAGACAAGGUGGAUUAAGUAUAAGAAUGGGAACUCUUUUAGGAGAUGUCUUUUAUUACAGAGAAAUAACAAGAACCAGCUUGAUGAGAUCUGGACUUCGUUCUUCUGGGAGAACACCACACGCUUCAGCUAGAGAGAUAUUGUCAACCCUGAGCUCACCAAGAGAAGAGCCUGAUCUGGAAGAAACAUGUACAAGUGGUACUAUUAUUUCUACGCUGCAGUUGAGUGCUCAUACCAGUGCUGCCCAAACAAAGGCUUUGAUUCUUCAGAAAUUAAUACUAAAAAGUAAAGAUAUCCUGGGUGCUCCACAAUUUAAACAGGUUUUGCUGUUUGUCGAUGAUCUGAAUGCACCAAUAGCAGAGGAGUAUGGGUCCCAGCCACCACUUGAGCUAAUUAGACAGUUUCUUGAUCUAGGAGGUUUUUAUGACACGGAGCAGCUUACAUGGAAGAAUGUCCAGGAUGUUGCUAUGGUUGCCACUUGUACACCGCCAAGUGAAGGAAGUAAUGAGAUUAGUGCUCGUCUUCUGUCAUGUUUCUGCACAUUAGUUUUGCCUGUAACUUCUUUACAAUCCUUGCAACGUAUUUUCCAGGUGCGACUAGGAGCAUACUUACAUAUCAAGAGAUUCAUGGCUGAAGUUCAGAAAUGCAAGGAUAAUUUAACAUGCGCCUCUAUUGCUGUGUACUAUAGAAUGCUUCAUAAAGUGCGUCCAACUCCAGUUAAAUGCCAUUACACGUUUAAUCUACGGGAUCUUUUUAAGGUACUUGAAGGAUUGCUCCAAGCUCACAAGUCUGUCAUUGUCUCAAAAGAAUCGAUAGUGUUGCUAUUUAUACAUGAAUGCACCCGAGUUUUCCAUGAUCGUCUGAUUGAUUCUCCAGAACGGGAAGCUUUCUUUCAAAUUCUAUCAAAUGAGGUCAAUAACUAUUUCAAGAUUCCCUGGACAAAAGAUCAGUUGAUGGAAGAACCGCCCCUAUUUGUGGAUUUUCUGGAUUCAAACCAGCCUGUACACAAGAGAGUCUAUAGAAAUGUCACCAACAAGACACAUCUACUUUGGGUCCUAGAAGAACAGUGCAUUAAAAUGCAGGGAGUAAGCCCUCAGGGUAUUUCCAUAGUAUUUUUUAAAGAAGCAAUACAACAUAUAACAAGGGCAGCCAGAAUUUUUCGACAAGAUGGUAGUCAUAUGACAUUGGUUGGUCAUGGUGGAACUGGGAAGGUAACCUGUGCAUCCUUAGCCUGUUACUUAUCUGCAUGCAGCCUCUACAGGUUAUCUAUUUCCUGUAAUUACACCUAUGGAAAUUUUAGAGAAGAUCUGAAAGAAGUUUGUAAGCAGGCAGGUGUGGAAGGCAGGAGGACUGUUUUUCUCAUCACAGAAUCUGAUAUUAUUCAAGAGGCAUUUUUAGAAGACCUGAGCUGUAUCCUGAAAUCAGGACAAGUGCCCAAUUUAUUUGAGAAGGAUGAGUUGGAUAACAUCAUGGUACCACUUGUAUCUGUUGCUGAAAAGGCUAAGUACUCUAACACAAUCGAUGAUAUCUACUCAUUUUUCUUACAGAAAGUACGCAGCAAUCUUCAUAUUGUUUUGACAACAAGUUAUGCAGGACUGACCUUCCGUCAGCGUUGUCGGACAUAUCCUGCCACUAUUAAUUGCUGUACAGUUGACUGGUAUGACACUUGGCCUGAAGAAGCCCUUUGCCAUGUUGCACAAAGUUACUUUAAACAGGACAACACAUUUCAGAAUCAGAACUUAAGUGUGCUUGUUCAGAUAUGUGUUAAUAUUCAUAAAAAUGUAUCUAUCAUAACUGAAAAGUACUUGAAGGAAACUAAAAGGCAUUACUACAUCACUCCCAAUAGUUAUCUACAGUUCAUAAACACCUUUUCAACCAUACUGAAGUCAAUGAAAGAGAAAAUUAUGAGUGACAGAACUUGCUAUCAUUCUGGUCUGACCAAAAUACUAGAAGCAACCUCACAGAUUACAGUUAUGCAAAAUGAGUUACUUGUCCUUGGUCCUCAAAUAGAGAAAAAAUCAAAGGAAAUAGAGGAACUUGUGGAAAAGCUUCACAAAGAUGCAUUAGUUGUGGAGCAAGUUCGAGCUAUUGUUAAACAGGAUGAAGAAAUUAUGGCUGCAGAAACACAGACUGUGGAAGAAUAUGCCCAGCAAGCAACAGAUGAGCUCAAUGCUGUAAUGCCAACUUUGGAAAAAGCUGUCGCUGCUCUUGAUGCACUUGACAAAAACCACAUUGCAGAAGUUAGAGUGUAUGCUCGCCCUCCUCCACUUGUACUUACUGUUAUGAAUGCAGUUUGUGUCCUUCUUCAAAAGAAACCUAACUGGACAACAGCAAAAUUACUGCUUGCAGAUCCUGGGUUCCUAAAGAGGUUGGUUAAUCUUGACAAAGAUAAUCUACCAGAAAAGGUGCUUCUGCAGUUGAAGAAAUAUGUAAGGAUGCCUGAUUUCAACCCCUUAAACGUUGGACUUGUGUCUGUUGCCUGCUGCUCCAUGUGUCAAUGGGUUUUAGCUUUAGAUCACUAUCACCUUGUAAAAAAGUUUGUAGAGCCAAAACAAUUGAAGGUAGCUGAAGCAGAGGAGCUACUAAAACUUGCACAUGAAAAAUUGACUGAUAAACAAAGAAGUUUAGUGCUGAUUGAACAACAUCAGCAAAAUUUAGAAAAAAGGUUUGGAGAAAGUAUCGCUGAGCAAGAAAUGCUAGCAGCUAGAAAAGAUCAAACAACACGCCGUUUGCACUGUGCAUCUGUGUUAAGCACAGCUCUGAAGGAUGAAAUGGCACGCUGGAAAGAAUCUGUUAAUAAUUUCGAUCAAAGGUUGCAGGGAAUUGUGGGUGAUGCCUUUGUUUCAGCAGCGUGUAUUGCCUAUAGUGGAGUAUUAUCAGCAUCAUAUCGUCAGCAACUAGUGAAUGACUGUUUGAAACUCUGCAAAGAAAGCAAUAUUCUAGUAUCUCCAAAUUAUUCAUUAGUAAAUUGCAUGACAGAAAAAAAUGAGGUCCGCAAGUGGCAAAAUGCAGGCUUGCCACUUGACCAGUACUCUACAGAAAAUGCUAUACAUAUUAUGUAUGGACAACGUUAUCCUUUGCUAAUUGAUCCAGAAAGACAGGCGUACAAAUGGAUAAGUCAAAUGAGUGGUAAACUACGCCAAAUUCGUGUUACGGAUGCUCAUUAUUUUAGAACACUUGAAAACUCUAUGCGUCUUGGUGAAUCAGUCCUACUACAGGAUUUCAGUGAAACACUGGAUUCAAAUAUGAAGCCAAUCUUAAAAAAGGAAAUCUACAACAAAUCAGGGCAAGACUUCAUUAGAAUAGGAGAUUCUGAAAUUGAGUGCAACCAAAACUUCAGAUUAUACUUGACAACACAAAAACCCAACCCCCAUUUUCUGCCAGCAAUAUGCAGUAUUGUGACAAUGAUAAAUUUCACUGUAACAUUUGAAGGUUUGCAAGAUCAGCUUUUAUCUGCUGUUCUAAUUAAGGAGAAACCAGAGGUUGAACACCGGCGUUGUGAGUUGCUAGAAAGCAUAUCUGCUGACCUAAUAACACUUCGUGAACUGGAACAGAAGUCACUUAGGCUUCUCCAAAAAACAGAUGGACAUAUUCUAGAUGAUGGAGACCUUAUUGACAAUUUGCAAAGAUCUAAAAUUACCUCAACAGAAAUUUUUGAGCGUGUUGAAGCAUCUGCAGCAACAGAAGUUAAAAUAGAGGCACUGCGUGAAAGCUAUCUUCCUAUUGCAACUCAUGGCGCCAUCCUCUACUUUGUAGUAUCAGAUCUUUCUCAUAUCAACUAUAUGUAUCAGUUUCCCCUGGAGUGGUUUCAUAAGAUCUUUGAAGACUCUGUAGAGUACAUACUCAAAGUAAAAAUUGGGGUUUCGUUGAGUGCCCCAGGAAUUUUUAAGCCUCGGUCAGUUUAUAGAACUCAAUCAGAGAGACUUCCCACCAGAGAAGAUGAGAACGAAAUAGAGAGUAUCGCAGUCAAUUUCCAAGGACAUAUUAAUGCUAUAAUAGAGAAAUUAACAAAAAAUGUUUAUAAGAGAGUUUCUUCAGCUCUGUUCAGUGAGAAUCAGCUAUGCUUUGCUUUUCUGAUGUGUACAGCAAUUAUGAAAAAUAAGUAUGAUGGAAAUCUAUUUACUAACAAGCUUGGAUUUAUACCAGAGAAUCAGUGGAACUUCUUCCUUCAGUCUAGCAUAAUGGCAAAUAUUAUGGACACGCAGGACUCUGAGACUACUGGUUCACGUGCAUUCAAGAAAACUCCUCCACUCCAUUGGAUUACUGACAUGAUGUGGAAAGAAUGCAGGUACAUGAGCACUCACAUGCCAGCAUUCAGCCUGUUGUGUGAUUCCCUUUCAACAAAUUCUCAGCAAUGGAGAGCUUUUCUAAAUACUCAGAAUGUAUAUUAUUUGAUCAGUACAAGCUAUAGACCAGUGUCACCAAGGCAAGGUAAGUUACUGAGAAAAAGUGAUGAUCAGGAGAGUGGACCUUUAAUUUUCCCUUGGGAGAAACUUUCUGCAUUCGAAAGACUUAUUUUGAUAAAAGUUCUUCGGUUAGAAAGCUUAACUGGUGCGGUACAUACAUUUGUAGCUGAGAAAUUGGGGAAUUACUAUCUUCAGAUUGGAGGAAUUAAUUUGAAAGCAGUAUAUGAAGAAGAAUCUAAUGCCAUAACUCCAAUAAUUCUCAUUCAUACUCAAGGUGUAGAUAUUGCGGCUCUCUUUCUACGCCUUGCCCAGGAAAUAAAAGGAAGUACACGGCAUGUGAAAAUGAUAUCUCUGGGACGUGGUCAAGGGAGCAAAGCUGAAGAUUUGAUAUAUAAAUCAACGAUACUGCAGGGACAGUGGGUAUUCCUCCAGAAUUGUCAUCUUGCAGCUUCGUUUAUGCCCAGACUCUGCAAAAUUGUUGAAUCAUUUACUCGAUCACAGACAAAUAUAGACCCUCAGUUUAGACUCUGGUUAAGUUCAACGCCAGAUCCAUCUUUCCCUAUACCUAUCUUGCGGAAGGGCCUUAAGAUUGUAAUAGAACCUCCCCAUGGACUAAAGGGAACACUUCUUCAAACAUUUGGAGUAAGCGGUACUGAAAUAGUAACGGAAGCUGUAUUCAACACCACCACCUGUGGGCCAUCAUGGAAAAGGUUGCUGUUCAGUCUGUGCUUCUUCAGUGCUGUAGUUCAUGAAAGAAAGAAAUAUGGAGCUUUGGGCUGGAACAUUCCAUAUGAAUUUAAUUCUUCAGAUUUAGAGAUUUCAAUCCAGGUGCUGGAGAUUCUUCUUGGGAAUCAAAAGAAGAUUCCUUGGGAAGCACUGCGUUAUAUGACUGGCGAAGUAACAUAUGGAGGCCGUGUAACUGAUAAUUGGGAUCGUCGGUGCAUUCUUAACAUUUUGGAUAAUUUCUAUAACCCUUCUGUAUUGCAAGAGGACUUUGCUUACACUACUGAUUGGGUGUAUCAACCCAUAUCUGAAAAAAAUACUUUGAAAGACUGCAGAGCCUAUCUACGAUCUCUUCCGGAGAGCGAUUCUCCAGAGCUCUUUGGAAUGCAUCAUUGUGCAGAAAGAGCAUACCUAAAGUCUCAAGCACAGUUAUUUAUUGAGUCAGUUGCCAGGACUCAACCAGCAAUGAUCACAGACACUCUCAUCAUCAGUGGCAGAAAGACUCCAGAUGAAAUAGUAUUGGAAAUGGCAUCUGACAUUCAAAUUAGGCUACCACUGACUGUAGAAGUUAUGGGACAGACACCUGAAACUGAACCCAAAGAAAAAGUUACAUUUGAAAGCUUCAAGUCAGGCUCAGUUUGGGCUGCACUUGCAAAGGUUGCAAAAGGUCCUAGUUCUUUUAUGAGUUCAACUUUGCUAAUUGUCUUGCAUCAGGAGAUUAAAAGGUAUAAUCAUUUAUUAUCCAUAAUAAUGCAGUCAUUACAUGGACUUCAACAAGGUAUCAAAGGCGAGAUUAUCUUUACCACAGCACUAGAAGAGCUUUAUAAUUCAGUAUUGAAAAACAAAGUUCCUGAACUGUGGCAGCAACAUUCCUAUAAAUCACUUAAACCUCUGGGAUCCUGGAUUGAUGACCUUGUUUUACGAGUGACUUUCUUUUCCAUGUGGGCUAAACAAGUUAUCACCUUUAUGGAAUCAAGGCAUCAGUAUUUAGUGGUACUUCAGAAGCUAACCAAAACAACUAUGCAACCUGGUGAGGAACUUGACCCCUUUGAUGGCAGCUCUCAAGCACACCCCAGCUGCUUUUGGCUUCCAGCUUUCUUCUUUCCACAAGGAUUUCUUACUGCAGUUCUUCAGAAUUACGCUCGGAAGAAAGAAUUGCCAGUGGAUUCUCUUAAUUUUAUCCACAAAGUUCUUCCAUUCGUUCAGGAUGAAGAUCAGAGUCUUAGAUUUUUCAGCGCAAAAGAAGCUAUAAUAAACAAAGCAUUUAAGGAAUCUUCUCGGUGUGAAACUGGAGUUAUAGUUUGUGGCUUAUACAUAGAUGGUGCUUGCUGGAAUCCCACUACAAAGACAUUGGAAGAGCCUGAGCUUCACCAGAGAUUUUAUCCACUACCAGACAUACAUUUUUUACCAAAAAAGAUGGCCUCCCAUGCAAGACCCCAUUGUCUAGAGGAGGAAGAAGUCUGGCUACUUUAUGAAUGUCCACUAUACAGGACACCUGAAAGAUCAGGAACACUGUCCUCUACAGGUAUAUCAACUAAUUUUAUAACAGUAGUUAACCUACCAAGUCUUAUAGCACCCAGCCACUGGAUAACAAGAGGUGUUGCACUGUUAUGCCAACUAGAUGAUUGAGAAAAUUUAAAAAAUAAUUACCUCUUAAACUUGGAUACUCUUCAGACUGUUGGACCACUUGAGGUUUUGGUAAACGGAUGCUUAAGAAUAAACAGUAUUUAUUGUGGUUUUCA